AUGAAAGAGGCCUUUGUGGACAAGAAUAUCUCAGUGACUAUCCGAGACACCGAUAUUCCAGUACCUGAAGUUGGACAGGUCCUUAUUCGUGUGGUCAUCUCUGGCACCAACCCUAAGGACUGGAAGCUUCCUCUCGUGUGGCCAGCAGACAGGACCCCUACCAACCAAGGAGAUGAUAUUGCUGGAUACAUUGAGGCAGUGGGGGAGGGCGUGGUGGGCUUCCACAAGGGCGACAAGGUCGCUGCAUUCCAUCAAGUGAUGAAGCCCCACGGCAGCUACGCCGAAUAUGCAAUCGCGCCAGAGAACACGACCUUUCAUAUUCCUGCGAGAACUAGCUUUGAAGGUGAGCCAACUUACGGUUCAAAACAAAUGUUUUUCAUUAGGGCUAAUAUAGGCCCGCGGCUAGAGGCGGCCACUAUUCCGCUCGCUGCUAUGACAGCCGCCCUUGGUCUUUAUCAGCGCUUGAAGCUGCCUCUGCCUUGGAAUCCAGCUACUGAGCCUCUUCCUUUGAUUGUAUAUGGCGGCGCGACUGCAGUGGGAGCCUUUGCAAUUAAAUUAGCUCAGCUUUCUAACAUCCACCCGCUGAUCACGGUAGCCGGCAAAGGCAGCGCCUUCGUCGAAACUCUCAUCGAUCGCCACAAAGGCGACACGAUAAUCGACUAUCGUGAAGGUGACGAGGUCAUUCGGGCAAAGAUCAAGGAAGCAGCCGGUGGGCGAUCCAUCCACUAUGCCUAUGAUGCGGUGGGCGAACAUGGAAGUCAUCAGAACGUCGACGCGGUCAUGACCUCGCCGGGUGAGAUAACUACCAUGUUUCCUCAUAGCGGGGACUACCAGCCCCCCGAGGGAGUCAUCAUAGGCCAAACCAUAGCAGGAUCGGUCCACAUGCCUCCCACAGCAGGAAAGACCGUUGAGGAUAACGAGUUUGGCGCUGCUCUCUUCCAAUUUAUCGGUCGUGGCUUGGCGCAAGGCUGGUUCUCGGGACACCCGUACGAAGUACGCCCGGGUGGGUUGGCUGGACUUGAAGAGGCGUUGCAGGAUCUCAGAGCGGGCAAGGCUUCUGCUGUUAAGUACGUGGUGCGUAUCAAUGAGACAGAAGGAGUGGUGUAG